AUGACUCGUCAACGGUCCUUGUCCAGGCCUAGAGGUCGCAGCCCACCUACUUCCAGUCAAAGAGACCGUCACAAGACAAGAGAAAGUAGUAUGAGUCGUAGUCCCGUCAGACAUCCUACAAAGACCGCCAAUGGAGAUGAUGUAGAUGCCGAUAUUGCAGUCAGACCUUUGCCCAAAUACAGCCGUCCUUCGUCACCAUUAGCAGAAAAAGUAUCCGUUGGAAAGGAAGAGACAGCAAGAAAGUCCGUCAAGGGAUCUGCUUUGUCUGGCUCUUUGGCUCGUAGUCGCACCCUCCAAGUCCGUCAAGAGGCCGCCAGCGAGCAAGGUCCAGGUCUAGGUCCAGAUCCAGUAGGUCGUAUUACUCUUCUCGUUCAAUGUCUCGGUCUAGAUCUCGCUCAAUUUCUCGUUCCAGAUCUCGUUCAGUUUCCCGGUCUAGAUCUCGCUCAGUUUCUCGAUCUAGGUCCCGCUCCUAUUCUACCCGAUCGUCUUAUUCAUAUCGAUCUGGAAGUCGCCGUACUUUUUCUCGUUCCAGAUCUAGGUCAUAUUCUCGGUCUAGAUCUCGCUCGUGGUCCAGAUCUCCUCGUACUCGAUUUCGUCAAAGAUCAAGGUCAAGGAGUCGGUCACCUUUUGCUCGUCGCUCAUUUCGUCGAAGCAAAAGUCCUCCCAGAACCACCGGUAACCGUCUAUCCACUUACCAACAAUGUUGAAAAGGCGCAUGUGAGAGAGAUAUUGACAUAUUUCGGUGAUGUGGUGCGUGUAGAUCUUCAGCGUGUCAGAGGUGGAAGUGCUAAUGGAGAUGGAGGACUAAAGAUUGCUGAAAUUGCUACAACAUCAUCCGAAAAUGACCACGAUAAUGGAACGGGCGAUCUUAAAAACACACCGCAUCAAAAGGCAAUUGUAGAGAUGAGUACUGUGAAGGAUGCCGAUGAAGUAGUACACGGCAUGCACAAUGGCAUGAUUGAUGGCCUUACUAUCAAUGUAGUGAUGCUCACAGCAGUAGAGAAUGAAAAUCGGUUUAAAGGGAUCAGCGGAUCAAAUAUGGACAGAGCUGGUGGUAAUCAAGGUGGUUCAGAUCGUGGUCGUAGCAGAAUGAUGGAUUCACGACUGCCUGCACGGAAUGGUCGAGGAAGAAUUGGGUUUAACAGCAUGCGUGAAGACCGCAGACCAUUUCAACGCAGUGGUGCAAGAUCUCGGUCUAGAUCUAUAUCACGAUCUCCAUCCCGAAAGAGAUUAGCUGAAGGAGGCAGACGAGAUCCAGUUCGUGGACGUUUCCGUAGCCCGCCCCGGAGAGAUGUUCGCAAAUGGAGUCCAAGUAGACGAUGA